ACUCUCACUAACGAAACCAGCAUCAGAAGGUACCUUUUUUCGCAGCUCAAUGGCGGCAACUUAUUUAUUUCCAAAUCCAAAAGCUUUCUCACCUCUCCUCACAAACCCACCUUCAAUUCCUUCCAUUCACUCCACCCAAGUUCCAUUCUUGAGCUCAUUAGACCACCAACCCCAUAAUGCCAGCAGCACCAGACGAAGCGUUCACACAAAUGCCAAGAAGAACCCAUGGCUUGACCCAUUUGAUGAUGGGGAGGACCCGACCAUGGAGUAUGGCUCCCUGUUUUCAGAUGGGAAGCAGGAAGAGGAUCCGAGGCCGCCCGAUGACCCGAAUAACCCAUACGGUUUCUUGAAAUUUCCUGCUGGGUAUUCUGUGGAAAUAGCUUCUUUGGCUUUGAAAGUGAGAGGAGAUGUCAGGAGGUGCUGUUGUGUGAUCUCUGGUGGUGUCUAUGAGAAUCUGUUGUUCUUCCCAGCUAUUCAGUUGCUUAAGGAUAGAUAUCCUGGUGUUCAGAUUGAUGUGUUGGCAUCAGAAAGGGGGAAGCAGACUUAUGAGUUGAAUAAGAAUGUGAGGUGGGCAAAUGUGUAUGAUCCUGACGACUAUUUCCCAGAGCCUGCAGAAUACACUGAUAUGAUCGGAGUUCUCAAGAACAGGUACUAUGACAUGAUCUUAUCAACCAAAUUGGCAGGCCUAGGCCAUGCUGCGUUUUUGUUUAUGACAACAGCUCGGGACAGAGUUAGCUAUGUGUACCCAAAUGUGAAUGCUGCAGGAGCAGGAUUACUUCUAUCUGAAACAUUCAAGCCAGAUAGACUAAAUCUCUCAGAGGGAGGAUAUAAUAUGUAUCAUCAGAUGGUUGAUUGGCUGGGAAGACCAUUUCGCAGUGUCCCAAGGCAACCUCUGCCACCACUUAGAGUAUCACUUUCAAGGAAGCUGAAGGAUUAUGUGGAGGAAAAAUACAAGAAAGCAGGAGCAGAAAAAGGGAAAUAUAUUGUAAUUCAUGGGGUACAAUCAGAUUCAAAGGCCUCAAUGCAGUCUAAAGGAGAUACUGAUGGCUUGUUGCCCAUUGAAGUAUGGGCUCAGAUUGUUGAGGAGAUAAGGGAUUUUAGGCCAGUCUUCGUGAUUCCACAUGAAAGAGACCGAGAAAAUGUAGUUGAAGUUAUUGGAGAAGAUGCUAGCAUAGUCUUCAUCACUACCCCAGGACAGUUGGCUGCUCUUAUUAAUGACUCAGCUGGGGUAAUAGCUACAAACACAGCUGCUAUCCAACUUGCACAUGCACGUGAGAAACCCAGUAUUGGGUUAUUUGGCUCGAAAGAGAAGGGAGAUCUGUUUGUUCCACAAGCGAAAGAGAAGAAAUGCACUGUAAUAUCAUCAAAGACAGGGAAGUUAAUUGAUAUUGAUGUUGAGGCUGUGAAAAAUGCAAUUCAAACAUUUAAUGUAUCCCUAGCUUUAGUGUAAUAUAACAUUAUAAUGCUUCUAUUGUCCUUUUUUCUUCAGGAAGAGAAGGGAGGGGAAAAAGGGCUCUUGUCAAGUGAUUAUUGUUGCUGUUUUGUUCAUAUUAAUAGAAAAAAGAGAGAUAUUUCUUGAAUUUGAAAGGACACUUUACAUGUUUAAUGUAUCCCUAUUUUAUUA